UCAAUAACCCCGCCCGAAAGUUCUUUGAUAGAACAGAGAUAUUACGAAAUGGCACCUACAGCAGAAUCACACAAAACUGUUUUGUUAUCCAUCGUAUAUGCUGUCUUCCUUUUCUCUUUUACUGAAACUUGGAAUUAAAGAAGAUGCACUACUGGAGCGAACGUCAUCAUUCUCGAGGAAAAGGUUACAACCUUUUGUAAGUGCGUAGCGUGUUCUUUGAACGGCUGAUGAUGGCUAGUAUUACUAUUAGUAACGACAAACAACGGAUAAGACGACCUCUAUGCCUUUGGAUCUGGCUACUUCCCGUUGUCUCUUGCCAAGUAAUUCCUGAAGUCACGCCAUUUUUAGAAGAUGUUCGGCUUCACCGCGGUCAGCGUUACCAACUCACGUGCUCGGCAAGCCAAGGAUCGCCACCUUUAACAUUCCAGUGGCUCAAAGACAGAGUUGCUCUCAGAGACACAAGUCAGCUAACCAUCCGGAGACUAGACGUCUUCUCGUCUAUGUUGGUCAUCGAAGCAGUUCGCGAGGAGUAUGCUGGGAACUAUACCUGUGUGGUGUCCAACAGUGCUGGAGAGGACACUUAUACCACCCAGCUUCAUGUUCUAGUUCCUCCACGGUGGAUCAGGGAGCCUUACGAUGUGUCAGGUGUGGUUGGACAAUCAGUCACGUUAGAGUGUAAUGUUGGUGGGUUUCCCAUACCCACUGUGUCCUGGACUAGGACUCAAGGUUUUACUUCGGACGAGAAAACGACCGUGCUACGUAAACACUGGAGAGUAACAGAAUAUGGUGACUUGAUUACAAGAAAUCUCGAGAAAGAUGACAGAGGGUUCUAUACGUGUGAAGCCUUCAACGGCGUGGGAGAGGGUGUCCGAAAAACUAUUCGUCUUGAAGUUCAAGUUCCUCCAGCCAUUCAGCCUAUUCCGUCAGUUGUUACAGUAACAAGAGAAGAAUCGAUCAGACUGAUGUGUAAUGUUACUGGAGAUCGCCCUUUGAUUGUAUCCUGGAAGAAAGAUGGAAUAAGUCUGGGUUCUUCUUCUCAUAGAGUACAAAUAUCCGAGUUGUCGACAGUAGGUGGCGUACUUCUUGAACUGUCACUGGAAGAAAGCACUAGAACUGACAGCGGUGUGUAUACAUGCAUUGCUACUAAUAAUUACGGUGAAAGAUCCAUAAGGACUGUUGUCAACGUCCAAGAACCCCCCGGGCCUCCCGAGAAUCUAAAUGCUAUAAAUGUGUGGAGCAGAACAAUUCGUGUCACCUGGUCUCCCUCAUACUCAGGAAGAAGUCCAGUUAUUAGAUACAUCUUGCAGUAUUGGAAAGAAGAUGUUGAACGAAACGUAUCCUAAACAGAUAUGUGAUGUUUCCCUGUUAGACGUUGUACACUACUGCAUUGAAUGUGUUGUAUUGCACAUAAAAACAUUUUGUCUACCGAAUGUUCAGCCUAUCUGAAGAAGUCUGGUACUGAACGAAAAGCCUCCUGAGUAAAGAUGAACCUGAAAACUAUUAUAAGACACUUCUGAUUAGAUAUCAAUAAAGGAAUAAUUAAGAGGAAUGUAACUGAAAACAAUUCAGCCACGUUUGAUUUCAUCAGAGCAAUAGC